AUGGGUCAAACUUCGACUCAAGAUACCAUAGCAAACAAAGAGAAUGAUGGAGUAGACUUAGCUGCAAGAGAGGCAGCACAACAAGAAGCUGCACGAAAAAUUGCUGAUGAGACCGUCAAUGAUGAUGGAGAUGACGCGAAGCAAUGGCUUCGUAGCUUACCCACAAGAUGGAUCAGGAAAUGGGAAGAUAUGACCAAGAAGUUUCUUCACAAGUACUUCUCAGCUGCAAAAAUAGGGAAGUUCAUAAGGAUACAAAUGGUUUUUGAAGCUUGGGAAAGAUUCAAGGAGAUAGUCAGAAAGUGUCAGCACAAUGGCAUAGAUUUGUGGAUGCAACUCCAGGAUUUUUGGGAUAGACUGACACUUUCUUCGCGGCGAACUCUGAAUACUGCAUGUGGAGUCCCACUAAUGAAGAAAACUCUAGAUGAGGUUGUAUUAAUCCUUGAUGAAUUAUCAAAGGAUGCUAACCAGUGGCCUACUAAGAGUAAUGACAGAAGAAAAUUAGUUGGGGUUCACCAAGUGGACUCUAACACAACCAUGCAAGACCAGCUAGAAACCAUGGCCAAUGAGAUAAGGAAAAUGACAUUGGCCAAGCUACAGAGUGAACAACAAGCAGCAUGUGACUUUUGUGGAUUGGGACACCCUACACAUGAGUGUCAAUCAUCAGCUGAGGAAGUCAACGCAGUGGGGAACUUUAAUAGAGGAAACUACCAAGGUGGGAACAACUAUAAUGCUAUGGCUCAAAGACAUCCAGGUUUUUCGUGGAGUUCACCUAGUGGGAGCUUGAAUUCAUGGGCUCCUGGUACUUUGCCCUCUAACAUUGAAAAGAACCCAAAGAAAACAAUCAAAGUUGUAUCUCUAAGAAGUGGCAAAACAUUUGUUGACCUAGUGGUGAAAGAUAGACCCAUGGUAGUGAACAAGCAGGCAGAGACACCAAUAGAGAAAAAGGGUGAAGAGCAGAAAGGCUAUAGUAGUGGGGUACAAAAGGAGAUUGAAGAAAGCAGACAUAUGUCAGCUCUACCAUUCCCUCAAAAGAUGAAACGGGAAAAACUUGACAAAUGUUUUGGGCGAUUCUUGGAGAUGCUCAAACAACUCUAUAUGAACAUUCCCUUCAUAGAGGUACUCACUUAG